CUUAAAAUUCCUACAAAUUAAUUCAAAUUAACACCUUCUCUUCCUAAUUUAAACAAAAAUUGACCAAAUUAACCAUGAAGAAGUUAAUUCGCCGGCUAUCUCGAGUAUCCGACUCAUCAUCUCCUUAUUUGUUACUCCAACAACAAUCCGAAUCAUCAUCGUUUCGAACAACAUCGACAACCAAACGAGUAGUGCGACGCACCAACAACGUGCCACAAGGACAUUUACCCGUAUACGUGGGAGAAGAAAUGGAAAGAUUUGUAGUGAAUGCGGACUUAUUAAACCAUCCUGUUUUUAUCAACUUGUUAAAUAAAUCUGCUCAAGAAUAUGGGUAUGAACAACAAGGUGUUCUUCGUAUCCCUUGUCAUGUUUUUGUGUUUGAACGUUUUCUUGAAGCUUUAAGAUGUGGCAAACAUGUUGAUCUUGCUUUUUUAUGAUCUAUGCAAAAAAUAACAAAUCACAGGGUAAGAGAAAAGUAAGAUGUAGACAGUCAUUUUCCAACCCUAAAACCUCGUGUUCUGAUGAAUGAUGUAAUUAUAAAUGUGU